AUGUCGCUGCGAUCGGCACGCGCGUGUCUGGUGUGCUCCUUUGUCCAGCACGGUUCCAAGUUCGUCAAGGAUGGCUGUCCCAACUGCGAGGAAUUCUUGGAGAUGCGAAACAGCCAAGACACGGUACUCGACUGCACCAGUCAGGUCUACGAAGGCCUGAUCACGCUGAACGGUGGUGGAGGCAGCUGGGUGGCCAAGUGGCAGCGACUCGAGGGCUAUGCGCCAGGCCUCUAUGCUGUUAAGGUGGUCGGCAUUUUGCCGAUCGAGUAUAUCACGGCGGCGGAGAAUGCUGGGGUUCAGUACAUUCCGCGCGACGGUAGCGGUACUUCUGAUGAGCAAUAG